CAUCUCUAACCGCGUCACUUUUUAUUUUAAAAAUUGCAAACCAAACGUAAAUUUGAGCAUUCAAACGUAACCCAAUUGUGAUAAAAACCAAGAAGCGCAGGCCAAAGAAGCAUUUGCAGAGAUAAUCGAGUGAGCAGCAUCCGUUGGCAGUUGGAAGUUUCGAGAUUCGAGGAAGCCGCCUUCGCCGGUCCAAAAAAGAGACGCCGAAUUCCGCAGCGCGCACUCCGCAUUCGCAACCGCAUUCCUGAGCAAUUCCAGGAAACACCAGGUGCCGGCACGAUGAGCAAGGAUAUUUACUACUCGGACAAGUACUACGACGAGCAGUUCGAGUACAGACAUGUGGUUUUGCCCAAGGAACUGGUCAAAAUGGUGCCCAAGACCCAUCUGAUGACGGAGGCCGAGUGGCGAUCCAUUGGCGUCCAGCAGUCGCGCGGGUGGAUCCACUACAUGAUCCACAAACCGGAGCCCCACAUCCUGCUCUUUCGGCGCCCCAAAACGGAUUAGCCGUAGCAGAUACUACGCAUACACACUUCUAUAGCACAUAGCACAUAGCACAUACCUAUAUAUCCGGCAGCUGCUGCCGAUAAUUUGUAUUUUGUAUUGGCGGCGGUGGUGGUUGCUGCGGAACAACCAACUGUUGCACAAACAUCAACAACAACAACAACAACAUCAUUAUCAUCAUAGGUACUCAUUACGUACGAAUCCCUCUAGAAACUACUAGUACUUCUUAUGCCGUGUGCUUUGUAAUACUCUUAUUUUACCAUGUUUGCCCCGCUAUCAACAUCCUUACCUCCUACCUAUAGAUAUAGCACCUAGAGCUAAAGCUAAGAUUGCCAUUUUCAUACACCUCAGGCCUGGGAGAGAGCACUGAGGUGGUAUUCCUGAAUCAUUCCCUGAACUCCCACACAUUUUACCAUGUUUUAUGUUGCCAUUUCGAAACGGAGGCGAAAAUAAGAAUUUUGCUCACUUUUUAUAAGUUUUAAUGAAAUCUGAUUUGUGAUCUUGAAAUUCUUAAUCAAUAAUACAUAUACACAUAAUAUAAUGAACUUAAAAUAAAUAUGUUUAAUGUAUUGAGAAGCUUG